GCGAGAGUUGGCGCGCCGGCGGCCGUGGCGGCGGCCUAGGGAGACGUCGAGGCGUGAGAGGACCGGCCGCCAUCAUGCAGUCGGACGAUAUCAUCUGGGACACCUUGGGGAACAGGCAGUUCUGCUCCUUCAAAAUAAAAACCAAGACCCAGGGCUUCUGCCGGAACGAAUACAGCGUGACGGGGCUCUGCAACCGCUCGUCCUGCCCCCUGGCCAACAGCCAGUACGCCACCGUCAGAGAGGAGAAAGGCCAGUGUUAUCUGUACAUGAAGGUCAUAGAGCGAGCGGCGUUUCCUAGGAGGCUCUGGGAACGGGUCCGACUGAGCAAGAAUUACGAGAGAGCCCUGGAACAGAUCGACGAAAACCUCAUCUACUGGCCCCGCUUCCUCCGGCACAAAUGCAAGCAGCGGUUCACCAAGAUCACCCAGUAUCUCAUCCGGAUCCGGAAACUGACGCUCAAGCGGCAGAGGAAGCUGGUCCCCUUGAGCAAAAAGGUUGAAAGGCGAGAAAAGAGGAGAGAGGAAAAAGCGUUAAUUGCGGCCCAGCUGGAUAACGCCAUAGAGAAGGAAUUGCUGCAGAGACUGAAGCAAGAAACGUACGGCGACGUCUACAACUUCCCCAUCCACGCCUUCGACAAGGCCUUGGAGCAGCAGGAAGCCGAGAGUGAAUCCGACUCUUCCGAGGCAGAGGGCGAGGAGGACGGAGAGGAAGAUGAAGAUGCGGGGGAAAGGGAGUUUGUGGCAGAUGACGAGAUGGAUGAAAGCGACCUGAGUGACUUUGAGGAUAUGGAUAAGCUGGAAGGGAGCAGCGAGGAGGAGGAGGAGGACGACGACGGCGACCAGAAAGUCAAAGGCAAGGGUAAAGCUCCUCCGAAAGGACCCGCACACCGCAAGCGAGCCUACGUGGAGAUCGAGUACGAGCGGGAAACGGAGCCCGUGUCCAAAACCGAGGCCACCAGCUGAACACUUGGGCCCCGGUGCCCGCGCUUCUAUUUAAAGACAGCCCUCGUCCCGUAUCCGACUCUACGGCCGUAAUACGCGACAUCUGUGUCGACCGUUCACACCUUUUCCCGGAUUACGAGGCGGUAAGCUUCCUGACCCCGAGGAAGCCUCCUAAAAUGCCAGGAGUGCGAUCUCCCCGGUGGGAGGUGGUGUGACGAAGAAUCGCCUGGGGGGGA